CUGGUUGGGAACUGCCUACCUUAUGACCUCGACUGCUUUCCAGCCGCUUUAUGGCAAGGUUUCGGACAUCUUUGGUUGCAAGACAACAAUGUUGUUUGCAAACUUCAUAUUCCUUUUCGGAUCGCGAUCUCCGGUUGGGCCAAUUCGAUGACGAUGCUCAUCAUCGGUCGCGCUCUCUCUGGUGUCGGUGCUGGCGGUCUCAUGUCCAUGGUCUUCAUCAUUCUCUCGGACAUGCUCGAUAUGCGCGAGCGUGGCAAAUAUCUCGGCUUUGUCGGUGGCAUCUUCUCGUUUUCGUCCGUCAUCGGUCCCCUCCUGGGCGGUACCUUCACAGACCAUGUAACCUGGCGAUGGUUAUUCUGGAUCAACCUGCCUAUCGGUGCGAUCUCGAUCCUGUUUAUUGUCAUCAACCUCAACUUACCGACACCCAAGGGCUCCUUAAAGGAAAAGAUCAAGCGGGUCGAUUUAUUGGGCUCGUUCUUGCUCCUGGUCGCCGUGACCUUGAUUCUUUUACCCUUGAGCUGGGGCGGUAGCAAGUACGCGUGGGACUCGGGUAUCAUUAUCGGUUUGCUCUGCGAGUGUUGCUGCGGCGAUUAUCUUUGUCUUGAUCGAGUGGAAGAUCCCGAACGAGCCCAUUGUCCCAAUCUAUCUGUACAAGAUUCUCAACCUCUGGGUGACUUAUGGUUCAUUGUCCUUCGGCGGUAUGUCCUUCUUUGGCAUUCUCUUCUAUCUUCCCGUGUACUUCCAAGUCGUCAAGGGGAAUCUGCGACCGUCGGUGGCCUGGAGACCGUCCCCUUCGUGGUUGGAAUCUUGAUUACAUCCGUCUCCUCUGGCUUCUGGGUCCUAAAGAGGGGCACCUUUGCCUUUUUUCCUGCCAUGGGCAACUUCUUAUUCAUCACCGGCUCUGCGCUGUGCAUCCUCUUCGAACGAGACACAAAACGCGUCGUGACGAUCUUCGUCCUCUUGGUCUGUGGCCUUGGCAUGGGAUUCACGAUGCAGGCCUCAACCCUGGCGGUGCAAUCGGCCGUGAAACUAAAGUACAUGGCCACGGUGACGGCCUCGGUUCAGUUUGUGCGCUCGCUCGGCCAAGUCUUUGGUGUAGCCAUUGUCGGGACGGUUUUCAACAACAAACUGGAUGAUUCGUUGCGGAGGGACUUCCCUGGCGAUGAAUCAAUCAUGCGGGUGACCCAGGAAUACAGCUACAUUUAUUUGUACAGCCCUGAACAGCGAGAGAUGAUUUACAACAGCUUUGUGCGUGGAUUGCAUUACGCUUUCUAUUGCUGUGUCGCGUUCUGUACGAUGGCAAUUAUCAUGAGCUGCUUCAUCCAGCACAAGGAGCUCAAGACGAAUACCAACCAGCAGAAGGGCUCCAAACCUGAGAUGUCUGAGAUGUCGGCUGAGAUGGUUUGA